AUGAAGAUCUCCAUCAUCAUCGCGGGCCUCCUUACACUCGCAGCUGCCGCUCCUGCACCAGCUCCUGAAAUCAACUUCGUCGUUGACGUUGCUGCCCUUGAGGAAGCGGUCGCAUCAUCUACCCUCGAAACGGUUGAUUUUAUUUCCAUAAUCGAGAAGAAAGACACUGGGGCCAUGGAUAUGUCCAAGCGUGCUAGUUGCUCUGCCUUGCAAUUUUGCAGCGGAGGCAAAUGCAGACAAAUCCAAUGCACCCCAAUAGGAACAACUACUACCUGUAUUACAUUUACAUUUGGAAACUGUUAA